CACCAAAAGUAGAUAUAUAUUGUCGUUUUGCAGUAUAAGUUAUAUAGCUAUAUAGGUUCGAGAGUGAGCAUCUCGUAUUACCGACACAACAACUCCCCUUCGACGUUCGUUCUAUUAGUUCCACCAUGGCCGCACCAGCGAAGAUUGGGCGCCAGUUCGACUUCAGCAAACUUCUCAAAGCGUUGGGUCCCGAGUUGAAGGAUGGAGUCGGCCGUCUAGCCGGUCAGCACGCUUCUGCCAAGGAGAACCUGAGCAAAUUGACUGCACAGCCGCCAAAGAUUGACUGGGCCUUCUACAGAAGCAAUGUCUCAACUCCCGGUCUUGUCGAUGCUGCUGAGAAGGCUUACAACUCAUUUAAGUACCCCAAGCCCGAAGACACCAAAUCCGAAGCCCACAAGGUUCGCAGAACCGACAUGGCCAAGAAAGCUGAAGCUGCCGCCAUCAAUGCCGACAAGCGCCUGAAAGAUCUUGAACGGCAAUUGGCCGCCCUUAAGGCUGAGAAGGAUCUUGCUUCUGUUACCGUUGCCGAGGCGCUAGCUGCCAACCCCAAGUGGGCCAAGGAGAUCGAGGAGGACCUUAGAAACGAGAAGUGGGUCCCAUAGGAAAAUAUCUACACGGAUCACCAUCCAGUACAGUAAAGUUUCCUCCCCGUUCCACAUCGUGUAUCACUUGCCAAAAGUAUAUACCACCAAAUUGCAUCUUGGUGUUGAUUUGGCGGUGUUGAAUUCGACAAUGACAGAAAUAAAGCAUGAAUGAUUCGCGAUCGGAGGAAAAAAAUUGGGAGAGUCUAGACAAAUUCAGAGUUUCGUGGCCUCGCUUGAGUAUAUAAAUUGUUUCUAAGGACAAAUUAUUAAAUGUGCUCAUUUAGGUA